ACUCGCAGUCAUGAAUAACAAUUACCGCGCGCGGGGUAGUGGAAGGAGCAGUGCACGCACACGCAGACCCGCACAGCCAUCGAACUGAAGAGGCGUCCCCUGGAGCUCGAGACGAAUCUUGAUAUUUUAACCGGAAUAAACCUCGUUGUGUGUGUGAUUGUAGCCUGUGUGCCCGCGCGGCAGAGGACUCAUAUUGGCAUCUCUGUUCUGCUGAUUCUCGACCUGCUUCUUUCGAAACGGGCCCCGUUGUAGCACGAACAGACGCUGCAGAUGUUAGUGCAUUCUUACUCCGCCACGGACCGGCAUGACGGGGUGCCGAGCCACAGCUCGCGCCUGUCCCAGCUGGGAUCGGUGUCGCACGGGGGACCAUAUUCCAGUGCGCCACCGCUGUCCCACGCACCAUCUUCGGACUUCCAGCCUCCAUACUUCCCACCACCGUAUCAACCUCUCGCGCACUACCAGAGCCAGGACCCCUACUCCCACGUUAGUGAUCCGUAUGCCCUGAACUCCCUGCACCAGACCCAGCAGGGGGCCUGGGGCGCGCGGCAGAGGCAGGACACGAGUGGGGACCGAAUGGAGAGUGGGUCUUUACUCGCGCAACCUCGGGCCUCGCUCCCUCAGCUUUCCGGUCUAGACCCGCGGAGGGACUACGGGAAUGUGCGCCGACCUGACGUGCUGCUCCACUCCGCACAUCCGGGGCUGGAAGCGAGUAUGGGCGAUGGACUUCUGCAUGGACUGCACGGGAUGGAUGACUCGCAGGCAAUGGAAGACAACAAUGGGAUGAACAUUUUGGAUCAGUCUGUCAUUAAAAAAGUUCCAAUGCCACACAAGAAUAUUGGCUCGCUGAUGCUGGGCAAGGAUGGGCUGAUCGGAGGGAUCUCCGUUAACAUCAACGAGGUGUUCUGUUCUGUACCGGGACGACUGUCUCUCCUCAGCUCGACUUCCAAGUACAAGGUGACGGUGGGAGAGGUUCAGAGGAGACUCUCUCCGCCCGAGUGCCUCAACGCCUCUCUGCUGGGAGGCGUGCUACGAAGAGCCAAGUCUAAAAACGGUGGAAGAUCACUGAGAGAAAAACUGGAGAAGAUUGGAUUGAAUUUACCCGCAGGGAGACGCAAGGCAGCGAAUGUCACGUUACUAACAUCACUUGUAGAAGGAGAAGCGGUUCACUUGGCGCGCGACUUCGGCUACAUCUGCGAGACUGAGUUCCCCACCAAAGCAGUGAGCGAGUACCUCAAUCGGCAGCACGCAGACCCCAGCGAGCUGCAUGCGCGAAAAAACAUGCUUCUGGCUACGAAACAGCUGUGUAAGGAGUUCACAGACCUGCUGGCCCAGGACAGGACUCCACUGGGGAACUCCCGGCCCAGUCCCAUCCUGGAACCCGGCAUCCAAAGCUGCCUCUCCCACUUCUCCUUCAUCACACAUGGCUUCGGUUCGCCCGCCAUCUGUGCUGCUCUCACCACACUCCAGAACUACCUCACUGAGGCGCUCAAAGGACUCGACAAGAUGUUCCUCAACAACCCCCCCGGCAACCGACACUCUGAGCCUGGCAACAAGGCCGGAGAGAAAGAGGAGAAGCACCGGAAAUGAACCCGGAGAUUCUGGGAGACUGACAGGCCGAUGGUCCCGCCACACCGCCAUUCCAGCUUUACUGCAGCGAGAAUGGCCUAUCACACACAGGGCUGGGAAAAGGAACAGGAGGAGGAAGAGGAGAGGAGGAGGAGGAGGAGGAGGAGAGAGCUGCCUGUGGGCCACUGUCAGAGAGCACAGAGGGAUUUUUCAUCUGUGUUACAUUCUUUUCAUUCCCCUGAGGACAUACUGGGACUGUGUUACGUCCAUUUUGCCCCCCCCCCAUCCACCCCCCCCCCCACCCCCCACCCCUGCCUGCACUCUGUCAGACUGAGCUGCAUCAGCAGCAGACCCACAACUCUGUGUGAGAGACAGACGAUUGUGUGUGAAAGAGAGAGAGACGGAGAGGAAGAGGAAGAGAGAGAGGGAGAGAGAGUUAAGAGAUGGUUAAAGUUCUGUGGGUGGUAUCUAAGAGGCAGGUCUGUUUGUUGUACUUGAGUAUGAAGAGGGACGUUCUCAUUAAUGUGUGUAAAUAUUUAUUUAUGUUAAUUUAAUGGAAGGUUGUAAAUAGGUGCGCGUGCCGUUCGGAGUAGGCCUAUUUAUCUGUGAUUUGACCUUUGUGCGUGUGCGCGCUGAGCCGCGGGGGAUCGGAUGCAUCGUGUGUUUCUGUUCUAUAGAGCUGUUGUCAUGGUGGUGAUGAUGGGUAGACAUGCUUCUUGUCCAGUGAUUUAAUUUCUAUCACAUUGAUAAUAAACCAUGUGUUUUACAAUA